AUGCAUAAUAAUUUAAAACGUGGUGGAAGAUUUAAAACCCAAUUUCAAGAUCGAAGUGGCAGAGGAAGAGGGAGGUCACCAAAUAGGAACGAUGAUAACUCGUCCAGCCCAGGUCAGUUGAACCUUUUUGCUUCACAUGGUGUUGCAAUGAACAGGACACCAAGUCCUCAAGGAGAGAGGAACAAGGAAAGAGGUAUAUCGCAAGAGGAAAUAGAUAAACGUAACGCACGUGCCGAACGAUUUGGGAUACAACUGAAUCCAUCACAGCGGCGAAAUGCGGGUGGUAAAGUGAUUCUUGAUUAUAAAAAAGCUGAAGUCAAAGAACCACCUCCGGAUCCUAUUGUUGACUUUCUCAAAGUAGUUGAAGACUAUGUUAAAACACAGACACUGAUUAGAAAAAUCAAAGAGAAUCGGCAAACUAAUAACAAUAGGGCAGUAGCGUGGGACUUCUUUCAUGAGGAGCUGUGCCCUAUUACUCUUGAAUCAUUGUACCGAAAUGACAAAGGCAGCCAGCAAGUAGAUCCGAGUGAUGAGGAGGAUUACAUCACAGAAGGAAAUCGACAAAAGGAGGGAUUAAAAGGGGACGAGGUACCAUCUACACCACGGUUCUUUGAUGUAGAAAUGGAAGAUGUUCAUCAAUUUUUAACAUCACCGCUUCCGUCAUCACCCGGAUUCCGUAUUUUUGAAUCAAUGGAUGUGGAUGAAGCUUUUCCAUCUUCUCCGUCUUUGACUCCACAGGCAAUCAUACUAUUAAGUUCGUUGAUGCAUUUCUUCGUUGUUAUUUGGUGCUGGUCAUUGAUCGAUUGUCUCCCUUCUCUCUACCUAGGUUCAAUACCCGUUUGA